AUGAAAUUCUUCAUUGUUGUCUCCGCCCUACUCGCUCUGGCAGCUGCAGUGCCAGUUGAGCUGACUCUCAAGCAGAUCGAUGCUGCUCUGUCCAAGCCAAACCUGGACGCAUCAGUAAGAGCCGUCCUUGAGGAUGCUUUGAACAAAAUUAUGAACGCCAUCUUUAACGGGGAGCAAAUGGACUCCGUGACUGUCGAUUUACCCUUGGAUGUCCUCCCCGGAAUUCUGCCAGAGAACCCGAUCGACCCAGUACCAGCCCCACAACCCGUUCCAGCCGACCCAGCUCCCCUCCCAGUGGACCCAGCUCCAAUCCCCAGCCCCGACCCUAAACCAAGCCCAGCUGAAGAAAAACCAGUACUUGGACCCUUAGUGCAAGUCAUCGUUAACGUUAACAAGGAACAACAACAGGUUUCUGAAGUGCCCGCCCCAGGCCCAGUAGAUAUCGCUGUCAACCCUGAACCCCAACCACCAUCCAACCCCAUCGACACCAUCCUCAACUAA